ACUCACACUGUAGGUAUAUGUGGCACUGUGUGCAGUAUAUAUAUAGGUGCAUGUCAGUCUAUCGUACAACAAGUCACGAAGGAAAGUUAAAAAAAUGUCCUAACUGCUGUCAACAACCAAAGAGUUUGCAGCAGCUAACAAUUCCAAUCAUGGAGCCUAAUGUAGCCUACAAUGUUGUUCCUACUACUAAGAACGUCACACAACAUGGAACGCAAGGUUCCCCUCAUCAAAUGGAAGAGAAUAUUGCCUAUAACAUCAUCGAUAAUGAGAAAUAUGCAACACUUACAGAUCAGAACAUUGCCUACAACAUUGUGGAGACAUCUACUGAAACACAAAGAAGUUGUAAAAAAAAUCCAGCCUAUAACAUUGUGGAAAAUGCCAACAAAAUUCGGAAAGACAGUCAAACACAAGAAACGGACGAAUAUGUAUACAUAGUGCCAAAUACAACUACGAGAAAAGAUGAGCACACAACAAACGAAUCUCAAAUGAGGACUCAACUAAAACACCACAGAGUUGUAUCCAUCCUAGCUAUUGUAUUUACUCUACUAUCUCUUACAUUAGCUGUGGCAGCACUGGUACACACGAGCAUAGAGUUAAGGAAUGUUAAUCAAGAAAUACCAUCAAUCACAAUAAUACUAAACAACAUUUCUGAUCAGAACAUAAAUUCUAUUCUUGAAGAACUUGAGCCAUUCUAUCUUGGAACAAUCAACAACCCAGCAAGCUCUUGCAGUGACAUUCCUCAAGACCGACCAUCUGGAGAAUACUGGAUCGCGACUGACAGUACUAGCGCUCCUGUUCAGGUCUACUGUGACAUGAAUCGAACAAGCUGUAGCUGCAAUACUGCAGGAGGAUGGAUGAGGGUAGCCAACCUUGACAUGACCAAUCCCAACCAAAACUGCCCAGAGGGAUUGAGACUGGUAACCAGGGAAGAACCACCAUUGCGUACUUGUGGCCGAGUAGAAGAACCAGGAUGUACUUCCACUACCUAUUCAACUUAUGGGGUGGAGUAUUCGAAAGUUUGUGGUCGAAUCAUUGCAUAUCAAAGUAGCACUUCGGAUGCUUUCGAUCCAUAUUUUGAUAAUAGAGCUUUAUCUAUUGAUGAUGGUUACGUUGAUGGUGUGAGCCUAACCCAUGGUCAGUCGCCUCGUCAGCACAUCUGGACAUUUGCUAAUGCAGUCCAGGAAACUCGAUCCGAUUCUGGUGUGUGUCCUUGCACAAGACCUGACCUGACCUACACUGGAGUUGUACCUCCCUUCAUCGAUCAAGACUACUUCUGUGAAACUGGAAGUCGACAAGAACGUAGAUUUAUCUUUUACUCUGAUGAUCCAGUCUGGGACGGUCAGGGAUGCGGGGGUAACAGUACUUGCUGUGAGUUCAACAAUCCACCGUGGUUCUGCAAGCAACUCCCUCAACCAACUACAGAUGAUAUCGAGAUGAGGAUUUGUGCUGAUCAAGCUCUUAUAGAUGAAGACACGCCCAUUGAGAUAAUAGAGAUGUACGUACGAUAAAACUUUAGAAUUGAAAACAUACUACAUAAGUAUACAUAUUGUAUAUAAUUAUUACACUGCUGGAAUGUAUGCACUUGCACUCAUGCAGGAAACUGCGCCAACACUAAACUCAGAAUCCGUUUUCCAAGA